UCAGUCGCUCUCAACAGCAUAGCCUGCACAUGAGCUCCCGAGCUCUCAUUCACAUCGCAUCUAUGAUCAAUAAACCAGACUGCACUGACUUAGAAUUUUAGGGUGUUUGUGCUACAGAUUGGCGCGCGGAGUCCUCUUCACUUGGAUAACAAAAGCAACUCAACUAAUGUCACUCCUGUCACCGUUUUAACUAGGAACCGGUAACUGGCGUUGGAGUCACAGGUGCAUACAAAUUACAAAAGUGUGGCUUUGCAAAAUACUGGGAAGAGACUCCUUGGUGUAGGUACUUAAAACGUCUAGAAAGGCCUGCAUCCCAUGCUCCCUGAGAUCAUUCACGACCGGGCAAAAAUGAAACCAGUCUCCAUUCUGUUUCUUCUCACAAUACUCCGGGCUGUAAAAGCAGACUGUCCUGAUGAAGAUGAGCAUCUGCAGCAGUGGGUCCCCGGGCAUAACGAAGCUCACCGCGUCCGCAUUGGCUACGACAGGAAGCUGCUUCUCACCUCCUCUGCCACCGUCCACUCAAUCCGAAUCUCUGACGGAGGAAUAUUAGUUAUUGCAGAUAGAGGACAGCCUGUUGUUCUGAGGACAAGACACAUUCUCAUUGAAAAAGGUGGAGAGCUGCACAUCGGCAGUGAGGAGUGUCCUUUCAAGGGGAACCUCUCUAUCAUCCUCUAUGGAAGAUCAGAUGACCCAGAGGUGGCUCACAGCUACUUUGGCCACAAGUAUAUUGGUGUUGGCACUGGGGGCACGCUGGAGAUUCAUGGAGAGAAGAAACUGUCCUGGACCUUCCUGAACAAAACUCUUCAUCCCGGGGAGACGAACGAGGACAGCUACCACUUUGAAAAAAGCUGGGGCAACCGAGGGGUCGUCGUCCACGUCAUCGAUCCAGAGACAGGGGAGGUGCUGCAUUCAGACAGGUUCGAUACCUACAAAAGCAAGGAUGAAAGCAGGCGCCUAGCCCAGUACGUGGAUGUGGUGGAGGAUGGCAUGAUUCUAGCGAUGGCUGUGAACGACGAGGGAUCCAACAACCUGGAGGACUUGGCCAGGAAGGCUGUGUUGAAGUUAGGCAGCAGGCAGUUCCAUCGACUUGGAUUCCGGCAUCCGUGGAGCUUUAUUACAGUGAAAGGAGAUCCCUUCACUUCUACUGAGGAUCAUGUAGCCUAUCAAGGAACCAAGGCUUCAACAGAAGCCAGAUCUUCAAAAGUGUUCCAGUCUGGAUACGGAGAGCAUUUUACUGUCACUGCAUCAAGCCAAUGGGUCCAAGAGAUGGAGUGGACCGAGUGGUUUGAUCGGGAUGAUGAGAGAGGCUCGGGCGACUGGGAGAAGCUGUCGGAUCUCCAAACUGCUUUUCCAGGGAAAAUCUGUGCCAGCCCCUUGGACAUUCAGGCAGCCACCUAUAGUGGAGUCGAUUCCAAUUUAACAGAUGAGGUUUUCUACAAAAAUGACAAGGAUUACGGAUUUGUGUGCCUUAAUAAAGAUCAACCAGAUGGAAUCUGCAACAACUAUAAAGUGCGCUUCCUCUGUGGGAAACUUGUUAGGCCACAAGUGACUAUAACGAUCGAGACCCAUUCAAACACCACAAUACUGGAGCUUGCAGAAGAUGGGCAGACUUGGAAAGCAGGGGAUACCAUAGUGGUCGCCAGUACAGAUUAUUCCAUGUACCAGGCUGAAGAAUUCAAGAUACUGCCCUGCCCGGCAUGCGCAUCAAACCAGAUCAAAGUUGAAGGAAAAGCAAAGUACCUGCAUAUAGGAGAGGAGGUGGAUGGAGUGGACAUGCGAGCAGAAGUGGGGUUACUGACGCGAAACAUCCUGAUAAAGGGCGAGAUGGAAGCGCAGUGCUACGGCAACGACGCCUGCAAGUUUUUCGACUUUGACACCUUUGGAGGACAUUUAAAGGUAGAACACGGGUUCAAGGCUAUCCACAUUGAUGGGAUGGAGAUGAAGCACAUGGGGCAGCAGUUGAUGGGCCAUUACCCCAUCCACUUCCACAUGAAUGGAGACGUGGAUGAGAAGGGGGGCUACGACCCCCCCACCUACGUCAAGGGGAUCUCCAUUCACCACACCUUCUCCCGCUGCGUCACUGUGCACGGCUCCAACGGACUGCUGGUAAAGGAUGUGGUGGGAUAUGACAGCCUGGGGCACUGCUUCUUCACGGAGGAUGGGGCCGAGGAGAGGAACACGUUUGAUCACUGCCUGGGAUUGCUUGUGAAGGCAGGGACACUCUUGCCAUCUGACAGAGACAGUAAAAUGUGCCGCGUGAUCACUGACGGGGCGUUUCCCGGCUAUGUAGCCAAACCCAGGCAAGACUGCAGCGCAACUUCCACUUUCUGGAUAGCUAACCCCAGUAACAACCUCGUCAACUGUGCAGCUGCUGGGUCUGCAGAGACUGGGUUUUGGUUCAUCUUCCAUCACGUUCCCACCGGACCCUCAGAAGGUCUGUACUCCCCUGGACACACGGAGCACAUGCCCCUGGGGCAGUUCUUCAACAACCGGGCGCAUUCUAACUACAGGGCUGGGAUGAUCUUGGACAAUGGAGUUAAAACCACAGAAGCCAAUGCGAAUGACAAGAGACCGUUUCUCUCUCUGAUCGGGGCAAGAUACGGGCCGCAUAAGGAUGCUGAUCCUUUCAAACCCAGAGAACCUGCUAUCAUCAAGCACUUUAUCGCCUACAAGAACCAGGACCACGGUGCGUGGCUGCGAGGAGGGGACGUGUGGCUGGACGAUUGCCAGUUUGCUGACAAUGGAAUUGGACUUACUCUGGCGAGUGGCGGGACGUUCCCCGAUGACGACGGCUCCAAACAGGAAGUGAAGAACUCCUUGUUUGUGGGGGAGAGUGAGAACAGAGGCAUGGAGACCCCGGACAAUCGAAUCUGGGGGCCCGGGGGUCCGGAUCUCAAUGGCAGGAUGCUUCCCAGAGGAGUGGACUUCCCUAUUCGGGGAAUGCAGAUCUACGAUGGGCCCAUCAAUGUCCAGAACUGCACUUUCCGCAAAUUUAUUGCACUUGACGGGCGCCACACCAGUGCCUUUGGCUUCAGGCUGAACAACUCCUGGCAGAGCUGUCCCAAUAACAACGUGACUGACAUUACCUUCGAGGAUGUGCCGAUCACAUCGCGGGUAUUCUUUGGGGAGCCAGGUCCCUGGUUCAACAGGAUGAACAUGGAUGGAGACAAGACGACGAUUUUCCACGACGUCGACGGCUCUGUCAGCGAGUACCCAGGAGCGUUCCUCGUGAAGGACGAUAACUGGCUCCUCAGGCACCCCGACUGCAUUGAUGUCCCAGACUGGAGGGCAGCUAUCUGCAGUGGCCGCUAUGCACAGAUUUACAUUCAAGCCCGUAACCCAGCUAACCUGGACAUGAAGAUGAUUAAAGACGAGUACCCUGAGCACCCUCUCUCUCUGGUGGGGGCUCUUGGGAAGAAGAACCACUACCAGCAGUACCAGCCUGUGGUCACCCUGCAGAAGGGAUACACUGUCCACUGGGAUGGGGCAGCUCCUCAGGAACUCACCGUGUGGCUCAUCAACUACAACAGGAAUGACUGGAUCCAGGUUGGGUUUUGCUAUCCUAAAGGAACAACCUUCUCCAUCAUCUCUGACAUCCACAACCGCCUCACCAAACAAACUCACAAGACUGGGAUCUUCCUUCAAACUUCCCAGAAAGAUAAACUAGCCCAUGGUCACCCGCAUAGGGGCUACUAUUACUGGGAAGAGGAUACUGGGCUGCUCUUUCUGAGGUUGACAGCACAAAACGAGAAAGACGAAUUCGCCUUCUGUUCAGUGAAGGGCUGCGAGAGAAUAAAGAUCAAAGCUGUGAUCCCCAAGGGCAGUGGCCCGAGUGACUGUACAGACCAGGCUUAUCCCAGAUAUGCAGAGAUGCCCAUUGUAGACGUGCCAAUGCCGAGGAAGCUGUCCGCUUCAAAGCUGCACACAAAGGAACACUUCCUCGAGGCCAGGCUGGAGUCCUAUAAUACCAGAUUUUUCCACAUCAAGGAUGAUUUCGCUUAUGCUGAGGUCAAUGGGAAGAAACUUUACCAGCCUGAGGAUGGAGUCCAGCUGACUGUCAUUGAUGGUCAAUAUGGGAAGGUGCUGGACAGCAAAGGGUUUAGAAACUCAAUUCUGUUGGGAAUCCCGGCCCAAAUCGAGAACUACGUAGCAAGCCUCAAAGACGAGUCUAUUGUGAUAAUUACCUCAAAAGGACACUUGGUAACCAAAGGGCCAUGGACUAAAAUACUUGAAAAACUUGGAGCAGAAAAGAAUGUGAAGUUAAAAGACAAGCUGGUGUUUGUGGGGUUCAAAGGAAGUUACAAACCUGACUGGGUGAAACUCAUCACAAACGACGAAGCGGCUAAAAUUCACCAAGUACUGCCAAUUCCUGUGGUGAAGAAAAUGAAACUACGAUGAGAGCGGGACUUGCUUCCUGUUGCUAGCACUGCCCAGUGUAACUGCCUGAAACGAAGGGGGUUGAGGGAGAGGACUACUGAUUUCUGCUUAGAAAGAGCAUGUGUGUAUUACAGCAUAGUGUUGUUGAUGUCUAGUCUUUUUGUAUGUGACAAUGUUCAAGUAUGUGGUUGUAAUGUGUAUUGAAUAUGCUUGAUUUAAAAAAAGAGUACAAACAUUCCUUUUUGCUGUAUGUAAAUGGUGUUAACCCCAGUCACAUUCCAGUGGCGUUUGAUUAGUUUGUUGGCAAAAAAAGAAAAAAAAAAAAAAAAAAGUUUUUGAUGUGUGGAGUGUUUCAUAUUAAAAAGCUUGCCUUGUUAUGUACCAGCGAGAAAUGUAGACAGAUUAGAAUCAAAUUUGUUCCAUUGAUCAAAACAGUAAAAGUAAACUACUGGCUUUUCUUUUUCUAAAUGGUUUCUAUUCAAUACCAAAUAUUUCUAUCUAUCACGGUUAUUGAUAUUCAGGUUUUAAAUCUAUGGCAUUGGCCAAUUUCUUAAUUGGGUAUCAAACACAGGCUUCUACUUUUCCUCUUGCCGAAAUAGCUGGUCUUUUUUCGGAGAUUGUAGUGUUAGUGUUUUGUAUGUUUAAAUAUGUUUCUAAUCUACAUCAGAUUGAUUUAAGAGUUAUAUUUUAUACGUAUUUAUUGUACAGGCACAAUUGAACACAUUUAGAAUGGACAUGUGGAGUUGUAAUGUAUUUGCUGUAUUACUGUCCUGACUGUAAAAGUUGUAUGCAUUGUCUGAUGCGCUAGAACCCAGACUCGUGCAUAAUUAUUGUUAUUAUACAAGAUUAUGGUUGUUUAUACAGUACUGUGGAAAAGAAUGUAAUUCAUGUGGAUGUGGAAGUUCAAUUAGAAAAAAGGACUGUUGUGAUUGUAGCUGUUCACAGGUAACACAAUGUACAGAUCUCAAUAAAAGUGUUACUGUGUAGAACGUU